AUGUCGACGAUUCGGGCGAUUAUACAGCGGGCGGCGAUGUCGACCAAGGAUCCCGCCACGCAAAUGCAGAUGAUCCGACGGGUGCUGGAAGACAUUCACGGCGGUCAGUGGGGUGUGCUAAUUAUUCGGAAUCCAUCGAUGGUGUCACAGGUGGCGGACGUCCAUUGGACGAUUCCGGACCACACGAACAGCGACGGGAGCCCGGCGUUUUGCUUGGCGGUGGUGAACAGAUGGCAGUACAACGUCUUCAAGACGGGCUAUGUAGAUCGGGCUGAUCGGGUGACGGUGCUCGACGUCGUCAACAAAAUCCGGCAGCAGGACGUGAAGAAGCCGGAAAAAGUGGAUGCGACCUUGCCGGGCGAUUUAUUUUUGAUGGCACGG